AUGGCUAUGAGAGCAAGACACAAGAUUCGGGCUCCCCGGAGGGGCCUGACCUCGAGCAAGACUGACGAAUUCGAAACCUACUGGAAUGUCCUCUCCACGUCUCUUAAGAUGAUCCACACCAAGAACGCCUCCAGCCUAUCCUUCGAGCAGCUAUAUCGUAAUAGCUAUAACAUAGUUUUGAUGACGCGCGGUAAUGACCUUUACGACAAAGUCAAAGAGCUAGAACAGGAAUGGCUAGAUACCGAUGUCCAGAAGCGAGUCACCGCGGCAAUUGUUCCUGGGCUUCUUGUGGCAAAGGAGACGGCGGACGUGAGAGACCAAGCGAACGAAAAGAGGGCGGCUGGCGAGAAGUUCUUGAUCGCUCUCAAGGAGGCGUGGGAGGAUCAUCAGCUAUGCAUGAGCAUGAUCACUGACGUUCUCAUGUACAUGGACCGAGUGGUUUCCUCGGAUAAGGGACGGCCCUCAAUUUACGUUGCAGCCAUGGCUUUGUUCCGCGAUUCUAUCCUCCGAGCUCAAAUCCGAUCGGAUCUAGAAACGAGCGUCGUUAGCGUCCUAGAAUCCACGAUACUCUUUAUGAUCCAGCUAGAACGGUCAGGGCAUAUCAUAGACCGGACAUCGAUUCGACACUGCAUCCACAUGCUUGAGGGUCUCUAUGAGACCAUCACGGAGGAGGAAUCAUCGAAACUCUAUCUGACUAUAUUUGAACCAGCUUUUCUCGAGACCAGUCGAGCUUUCUAUCGAGCAGAAGGCAAACGAUUGCUAGAUACGGCAGAUGCGGCUACAUUUUGUAAAGUCGCCUCCGAGCGCAUAGCGGAAGAGAAGGAGCGUUGUCUCUACACGCUAUCCCAUCUGUCCGAGCCGAAAAUCAAAGAUGUCCUGGACAAUGAGCUGAUCCGCAACAACAUUGCAGAGGUUGUUCAACUCGAGGGGACGGGCGUCAAGAACAUGAUUGACAAUGAUCGCUUGGAUGUCUUGCGAAAUGUCUAUACACUCAAUGCGCGAGUCGACAAGAAGAAGACCCCUCUGACUGCGGCUGUUCAAAAGCGUAUAGUGGAGUUGGGACAAGAGAUCAAUGCUUCUGCAGCGUCUGCCCAAGCACCCCAGGUAAAACUAACAGAGAAGAGCGCCGACGGCAAAAAACCGGAAAAGGAGAAAGAACGGCCUGUGAAUCAGCAGACGGCCUCUGCUAUCAAGUGGGUGGACGACAUCUUGGCUCUCAAAACGAAGUUCGACCAGAUCUGGCAGAACUCUUUCCAGUCCGACCAGGUCAUGCAAAGUGCCAUCUCCACUAGCUUUUCGGAGUUCAUCAAUUCCAAUACACGCAGCUCGGAGUACUUGUCACUUUUCUUCGAUGAGAACCUGAAGAAGGGUAUCAAGGGCAAGACUGACAGCGAAGUUGACGCUCUCCUGGAUAACGGCAUUACGCUCCUGCGCUAUAUCAAAGACAAGGAUCUGUUUGAAGCAUACUACAAGAAGCAUUUGUCCCGGCGUCUUCUGAUGAAGCGCGCAGUCAGCAUGGAUGCAGAACGACAGAUGAUCUCGAAGAUGAAGAUGGAGGUUGGCAAUCAGUUCACGCAGCGUCUAGAGUCCAUGUUUAAGGACAUGACAAUAUCCGAGGAUCUGACUGCCAGUUACAAAGAACACAUUCGGCAGGCAGCGGACCCCGACCGCAAGCCGAUUGAUCUGGAGGUCAAUGUUCUUACUAGUACCAUGUGGCCGAUGGAAGUGAUGUCCGCCACCAAGGGCGAUGGCGUCCAGGCCUCUUGCGUCAUCCCAAAGGAAGUCGAGAGCGUCAAACAGAGCUUCGAGAAAUUCUACUUGGGCAAGCACAGCGGCCGGAAGCUCUCAUGGCAACCCAGCAUGGGCUCGGCAGAUAUCCGCGCGACUUUCCAGAGGUCCAACGGCAAGACUCAACGCCACGAGCUCAAUGUUUCCACCUACGCUAUGGUCAUUCUGUUGCUAUUCAACGACUUGCCCGCCGAGAAGUCUCUAACCUUUGAAGAGAUCCAAGCUCGGACGAUGAUCCCUGAACAUGAUCUGGUUCGAAAUCUACAAUCCUUGGCCGUUGCACCUAAGACACGAGUCUUGAAGAAGGAACCAAUGAGCAAGGAUGUGAAGCCUAGCGAUGCCUUCUUCUUCAACAACGACUUCCACAGUCCAUACAUGAAGGUGCGCAUCGGCGUUGUCAGCGGCGGUGCCAACAAGGUCGAAAAUCAGGACCAGAGAAAGGACACGGAGAAGCGUAUGACCGAAGAGCGUAAUUCGACUGUUGAGGCAGCCAUCGUGCGAAUCAUGAAGCAACGUAAACAACUUGCGCACACCCAGCUUGUCGGCGAGGUUCUUAGCCAACUCGCAUCCCGCUUCGUCCCCGACGUGAACAUGAUCAAACGACGUAUUGAGAGCUUGAUCGACCGUGAAUACCUGGACCGAGUGGGAGAAGAUCCUCCAACUUACGGAUACCUCGCCUGA